CUAGUAUUUGCCGGAGGCUGGUCACAUUCUAGCGAGAGUGGAAUUGGAGAGCACGGAUUCAGCAGCUACGUGAUACCUCGUCGACCAAUCAGCGAGCGUGAUGUGCGGAUAAUUGACAUCAGUACACUAUGCAACAUUAAUUAAAUGAUCACCGCCUUUGGACAUAUUGACUUUUAUCUGAGAUUUUGCGGAUCUGAGACGGAAGAAAGGGCCAGAGGCAACCGUACAUGGCAUGGCGACCCAAGUCAGUGUUAAUCUUGCCCACAACCGGGCAACACUUAAGCGAAAGUUAUCAGACAGCGAAGAAGAGUCGGUGUACGUCCCCCCGGCACUAGCCUACUAUCGAAGACACGGAGAGAUGCCAUCAGCUUUCGGAAUCGUCGAGUCAGAGGACCGCACUCAUAGUUUGGGACAGCUCGGCUCCUCAGUGUCCAGUUCACUCGUAGGUACGACAGGUAGUUCGUUCUCAUCUGCGCCAAGAUUGUCACACACACCGACCACGGAUUUCCAGCCUCCCUAUUUCCCCCCUCCUCAUUACAACCUCCUGCCUCAACAAGGUGAAUUCCAUCAUCAUGUGAACCAAGCGGAUCCUUACGGAGCAUUGAACAGUUUCCCUCACCAGCAAUAUCAGCAAUUACACGGCCCAGAUAGAAAUGUACUUCGUCACAGAGAUGACGCUCUACAUAACGCCAUGCAUCCCUCCUUUCCCAGUGCUUACGACACACGGCGGAGCGAGUAUGGGAUGGGGCGGCCUGAGAUGCUGGUCCACCGUGGGCACGAGAUGGGCACAGAAGGACUACUUAGCCUUCACGGAGGAAUUCCAGGCAUGGAUGACGGCAACCAACUAGUGGGAUCCGUAGAUGAGAGCGGAAACUUUAUACACAGCGACCAUGCUUCAGUUAUUCGUAAAGGUAUACGUCCCAAGCAUGAGAAUAAAGACAUGAUUAUCUCUGGUAUGGCAACACCCACAGACGUGUUCUGCUCAGUUCCGGGUCGUCUAUCCCUUCUCAGUUCAACCUCAAAAUACAAGGUGACAGUUGCUGAAGUGCAGAGGAGGCUUUCACCCCCAGAAUGCCUUAAUGCUUCUUUACUCGGAGGAGUUCUAAGACGGGCAAAGUCAAAGAAUGGUGGACGGUCUCUAAGGGAGAAGUUGGAAAAGAUAGGACUGAGUUUACCUGCAGGACGACGAAAGGCUGCCACAGUCACCCUACUAACAUCUCUAGUUGAAGGAGAAGCAAUUAGGUUGGCCCGAGAUUUCGGUUAUUUGUGUGAGACAGAGUUCCCCUCCCGACAAUGUGCUGAAUACGUAGGAAGGCAACAGAGCGACCACACAGAUGUACAUACGCGCAAGAACAUGAUACUUUCAGCAAAGCAAAUCAUUAAGGAGCUAACAGAUCUGCUCAACCAGGACCGUACCCCGCUUGGAAAUACAAGACCACAGAUAAUCUUAGACCCCAGUAUACAGCGCCACCUCACGCAUUUUAGUUUAAUUACUCACGGCUUCGGGUCACCAGCUCUAGUCGCAGGUAUGACUGCCAUUCAAAAUUACCUCACGGAAAUGCUCAAAUUCCUUGACAAAAACUAUACUACGCAAAACACUCAGAUCUCUCAACCAACUCAACUGGACUCUAAUAACAAAGCUAAAACAGAACUUAGUCCGGGUGAUGAGCGGAAGUGAGCAGAGGCGUUACCAUGGUGAUGCAAUCAACUACUGAUCCAUAGCAGGUCACCACCCGGUCUUUAUUGAGACCAAAGAUUGCACUGGUGCAAUUGACUAUGUUGUGGACAUUCCUGAUAGGGAAUUGAAGUGUCUUGGCCGGCACUAAGACUUAAAAUGUUAUACAUUGCCAUAGAAACGUGCUGCCAUAGCAACGGUGUUGAACAGCAGCAAUAAAAUUGCUAGCUGUAUAAACACGUGUCUUUUAGCUUUACCAUUCCAUUCACAAAGAUCGAGGGUGCAACGUAAGCCAUGAGAAUCAAGCUUAAAUCAAAAUGGCGUUAGGCAAUCUAGUUUUUGCAAUAAUCUUGUCCGUUGGUACCAUGGCAACGAAACGAUUUGUGAAAAUUGAAGGAAGUAAAAAGAGGAUGUGAAGUUGUAAAUAUUUAUGUAGAUCUAAGAAUGAAUCUCACUUUCAUGAAAUCAAUAGUAAAACGUUAAGAUGACACAAUACAUGUCAGUGUUUUAUAUCGGGGAAUGUUUAUCUUUAUCUGAUUAUUAAAGUAGAAAAUCAUGUUGUUUCGGCCAGAAGUGCCUUCUCAUAGGAAAACAGAUAUAGAGAAUAAUCAACGCGUUGAUCUGACAUGUUGCUAAUGGUGUGUCGUUAUGCUAAGAUGUAUAUGUGAAUGUGACAACGCAAGUACAAUGCUGGUCAGCUUCUAGUCAAGUUUCUGUGAACCAAAAAUUGAAAUUAUUAGCUUGCCAUUUCAUUUUUAUCAUUUCAUAUUUUCACGAGCGUAUAUGGAUUGAUUUAAACAAUAAGGUUCUAGGUUAGUUUAAAGGAUAGCCGCAGGAGACAAGUUAAAACUGAAGUCUUGUAGCGUUCUUGCCAAUAAAGAAUAAAGUGUCUGUGCAGCAAUAAAUCAUUUUGAUUUUGAAUAUGUUGUAUGCAAAUGUCGUAUCUCAUAGUUGAUGAUAUCAUUACUAUGUGUUCACACGAACUGCUGAUGUCAUCAACUUUUGUGUGUUAUUUUGUGAAAGGUGCUGUAAAAUAAAUACUCAGUCAAAGAUGCAAAGUUGAACAAUCGAUUCACGAUGUGUACUUAUUUCUGUUUGAUUUGCCUCAUCAUUGAAGUUAGACAUCUCAUGUUUAUUUCAAGUGGAUGAUUGUAAACCGUUGCAUAUUUGGCCUGGGAAGUGUAUUUACUGUAUAUGUUAAAAGAUGUAAAAUAGAAACGAUGAAGAUCGUUACAGUCGACUAUUUAUAUUUUGUAGAUUUUAGUGUAGUGUACAAUAAAUAAAAAUGUACAAAACUCAAUUUA